GAAGUUGUGCUUGCUAAACCCAUAAAUUGAUAGAGAUUGGAUUAAAAUGCAUGGCUUCAAACUGUGAUAAUAAGUUGGAUAAAGACUUCUUAUUUGGGGCAAUAAGGGAAUACAAGAAAUGUAAACCAAUGAAACGAUUUCUUUUGUGCGAUCGAUAUAGGCUUCAGAACCCGUCAUGUAAAUCGAACGCUCACUAUACAUGAACAGAUCGUCAACGCAAGUGGACCACGCAGAAUCCGGAAAGAGAUCACAGCUUAGAUUUGCAGAAUUGUAAAAGUUCGCGUCGGGGCUUGACAUGGAUUUGUCGUUAGAUAUGGGGUAUCAGUCAUUCCACGAGGAUUCAUUCUCUGAUCCGAUAAGAAAGCAAAACUUGAUGACGAUACAGGAAGUUGAAACAAGCGCAUGCGCAUUUGGUGAAGAAUGCUCUCAUCCUAAAAAAGUCUGUCCUACUGUGUACAGCGACGAGCCUUUUGAAGAUCAAGAAAGUCAGCCUAUUGAAGCCGCUCCCAAGAAACCACGUAGGUUCAGUCGACCUCAUUUGGAUGUCCAGACCUUUAGAGCCAAUGAGCGCCCCCCGGCGUUUUAUAGGGACAGUCGACGUCAUAGCGAGCCUGUAUUGUCAAUGAAAGUUAGGACUGGUCGUCAUCCUCUCUCAUCGGAUCAUGCUCAAGUCUCGCUUGAACGAGAACGCAGCAAUCACGCGCUGACAACGUAUGUGACGGAUAACUACAUGCACAAAAGAGGCAUGGAGAUGAAGUUCCAUCCCUUGGCCUGCCUCGAGAAGCAGACGGAGAUUACACCAGCCAUGCGUAGCCAGUUGAUCGAUUGGUUAAUCAAAUUGAACCACAACUACAAGUUCUAUCCUGACACGUUAUUCUUGGCAGUUAACCUGAUGGACAGAUUCAUUGCCUCUGUUCCUAUCUCUAAGAAUAUCUACCAGCUUGUUGGUCUCACAUCGUACCUGAUAGCUGGGAAACACGAGGAAAUUUAUCCACCCGAGAUUAACGACCUGAUCUACUUUGCCUGUGCAUCAUCCGACUACGGCCAAGUGCUACACAUGGAGAAAAUAAUGCUUCAGACCCUUAAAUUCGACCUCUCCGUCCCAACAAGCGCCUAUUUCCUCGAACACCUGACAUCUAGUCAGGUCAAUGAGGUUGUACUGGGGGAUUGUACUAUCGAACAGUUGAGAUGUACCAGGGCAGUGGCUCGAUUUUUCCUUGAGCUUUCCCUCACUGACUAUGCUAUCUGUCAAUACGCGCCAUCUUUUAUCGCCAAGGCAGCACUGAUUCUGGCGGAUCAAUCCCUCGACGAUUUUCCCAGCAUGCAUUUUGAUUGCUUGCAAGACCCGGAUGUUGACCUGGAAAUGAGGAACUUGGUCUCUAAAUUGGAGUGUACUGUUCACAGAAGCAAUCGACCACCAUUGGAUAUCAUUUGUCAGAAAUAUUGGGACAUCUAUAAAUUUGAAGCUGAUGAGUCAUAGAAGUUGAAUAAGUCUGUAUGAAAUACAAUUGCCUGAUAUGACUCGACUAUUGAACUUUAGUAUAUAUGUUUAUUUAUCUAUAUUUAUUGUGUGAAUUAUAUUAAAAUAUUAAAUCUGUAAAAACUUUUGAAUUUACAUUUAUUUAUAUCUUAUACAGUAGUAUAAUUUUGUGAAUUAAGAAAUGUAAAUAUCGUAAUAAACGUG